AUGUUGCUCCGAACUAUCGCAUUGUCUUUGGGUGUCGCUUCCCUUCUUGGGGCGACCGCAAAGCCUACUUCACCUCGUGAUUACUUCGGUCCAGACUUGGAUAGUGAUCAACGUGUGAUUUCUAUGAAGGGGAUCCUCGACAAUAUUGGUCCUCAUGGAGGUAAGGCGCCUGGCGCUUUACCAGGUGUCAUCAUCGCGUCGCCCUCGACGCAAGAUCCCAAUUACUUUUUCACCUGGACACGAGAUGCGGGCUUGACCAUGAAAUUGAUUGUCAAUGAGCUUAUGCAACUCAAUGGCGAAGUGAAGACAAUCAUCGAUGACUAUGUGAAAGCUCAAGCCAUCGUGCAGACCGUUUCCAAUCCUUCUGGUGCAUUGGGAUCUGGAAAAGGUCUUGGAGAACCCAAGUUCUAUCCCAAUCUCACCCGCUUCAAUGGUGACUGGGGACGUCCACAACGCGAUGGGCCAGCACUUCGCGCGAUUGCCCUCAUUACGUACGCAAAUUACCUACUCAAAGGCUACGGCAACGACGAAGGAAACGAGGUGGAACAGAUACUUUGGCCAGUGAUACAGAACGACCUCAAUUAUGUCGCACAGUAUUGGAAUGAUACAGGAUUUGAUCUUUGGGAGGAGGUGGAGGGCAGUUCGUUCUUCGCCACUGCAGUCCAACAUCGUGCUCUCGUAGAGGGUGCAGCUCUUGGGGAAAAGAUAGGCGCCCGUACCAGUCCCUACACCUCCCAAGCACCUAAUAUCUUGUGUCUCCUCCAGGACUUUUGGAACGGAAAAUAUGCAUUGUCGAAUAUCAACGUCGAAGACGAGGGCUACAACCGCACCGGCUUAGACGCCAGUACUGUGCUCACUUCACUUGCGAUGUUCGAUCCUAGAGCCAAUUGCGACGAUUUGACCUUCCAACCCUGUUCACCGCGCGCUCUAGCUAAUCUGAAAGCCUAUGUCGAUUCAUUUCGUUCCAUUUACGCGAUAAACCAGAACAAGUCAUCACACGAGGCAAUUGCUACGGGUCGCUAUGCUGAGGACAUCUAUUAUGGAGGUCACCCCUGGUACCUCACCACUUUUGCCGUUGCCGAACAACUCUACUAUGCCAUACAGCAGUGGAACAGCGUCGGGAGUAUCACGAUAACAGACCUUGACUUACCUUUCUGGCAAUCCCUAGAUGGUUCAGCUAAGACGGGAACCUACAAGCCACCUAGUAGCGACUAUUAUAGGCUCACCACUGCUGUCUUUGAGUACGCAGAGGGCUUUGAAGACAUGGGUACACGCUACAUUCCGCCCGAUGGGUCGCUGAGCGAACAGUAUAGUCGGGAAAACGGCACUCAGAUCUCGGCUCGCGAUUUGACUUGGUCGUACGCAUCCUUCGUGACAAUGGACAAUGCUAGAGGCGUAGCCAGGUUCCCCCUCUCUCCCCUUCCUUCUUGGAAUAGCACAGAAGCGAGCAAGAUGCCCCUCGUCUGCGAAGGCGACUCAGUGCUCAGUCUUUACACGCCUGCAACCGAGGCCGGUGCACCGCUCGGCGCGGGUGGUUGCACGGUCAUCGUUUUGUUUUGGGUCAACGCAACGACAUACUUUGGCGAGAACCUCUAUCUUAGCGGCAGUUCCAUUGAUCUCGGUGAAUGGAGAGUCACUGAGGCAGUCCCAGGCGACGCCUCUAGCUACACGGAGGAUAGCCCAUCUUGGAUGUUCAGGGUCGAACUCCCUGCCGACGCAAAAAUGCAGUAUCAAUACGUUCGCAAGGGUAGCGACGGAUUGUAUACUAAAGAGUCAAAGAAGCGCGAAUUGAUUGUGCCUCGGUGUGACAACACUAGUGGCGGCCCUCGCAUGACGCUCAUUGGAGAUGCUUGGGAUGGACCCGACCCCAACCGCCCAGACCAACGGCUGUAGAACAUCUUUGGUGAAGAGUUAUGAUCGUUCUAAAGGAUC